CCUCCGGGCCGCCCCCGCGCAAGCCCCGCCCCGCCCCCGACCGACCCUCGCGACGGACGGACUGACGAGCAGCUGCCUCCGAGCGAGCAGCCAAGAUGGCGGCGCCGGCGGGCGGGCGGAGGGAUACGCGCGGCGCCGGAACGCCCUCCGCCAGCAGCGCCGCCUGCCGGGGAACAAAGCGUCCGGGAGGGAGGGAGACAGGGCGGAAGUGCGCUCUGCUGGCGGAGGGAUCAGGCACUGCCGGCGGAGGUGCGAUUCGACGCUUCCGGGGGCGGGAGGGACCGGCUGCUGCCCUUGCCCGUGCCCGAACGUUCCGGCCUCGGGGAGUUCCGCGCGGCGCCGGCGAGGAGGCCAAGCCCCCCCCCCCGGCCCCGCGCCCGCAGCAGCCCCGGCGGCACCAGGCCCGGCCCGGCCCGGCUCACCUGCCCUCAGGCGCGGCGCUGGGCGGGCGGGGAGCGCGCGGCCGAGGGGAGCGGAGCAGGAUUGGGCUCUGCUGGGCUGCCCCGCUCGCGGCGCGGCGCAUCGCGGCGCGCCCCCGUCUGCCUGCCGGUCCCGCCGUGCACGAGCCGGGCGCUCCCGCCGCGCCGCCAUCUUCCGUCCGUCCGUCCAUCCUGCUCGCCCUUUGUCCGCCUGCUGACACGGCCGGGCGGCGACGGGACCCCGGCAGCGGGCGGGCUGGCCGGCCUGCCGGCCGGGACAGCCCCCUCCGUCCCUCCCUCCGUCGCCCCUUGGCCGUGCGGGCUCGUGUCCUCCUGACCCGAGGCGGCCCCGGGCGGGGAACCAUGUCCCGCCGGAAACAGGCCACCCCCAACAAAGUGCCCUGGAAGCAAGUCUUCGCCGGGUUGGAGGAGCAGGCUCGGCAGGCCAUGAGGAGAAGGGACUUCCCGGGGCAGCCGCCGCCGCCGCCGCCGCCACGCCAAGAGAGGGACUCCAGCAGCAGCGACAGCGAAGGGGAUGAAGAGACCACCCAAGAUGAGGUCUCUUCGCACGCCUCUGAGGAAGACGGAGCCCCAGCAAAAGUCAAGCAGGAGCUGGAAGCUGAUCAACAGCUUAGCCACCACGAUCAGAUGGAUUUGAAUGUGAGCCCAGAUGCCCUGAUGGGACUCUCUCGCUGUCCUCUCUGUCAGCUGGAAUGUGGAAGCAGGGAACAACUGGUCACUCAUGUUUACCAGCACACAGCGGCUGUGGUUAGUGCCAAGAGCUACCUGUGUCCCGUCUGUGGCCGAGCACUCAGUUCCCCGGGCUCCCUGGGCAGGCAUCUUCUCAUCCAUUCAGAAGACCAGCUGUCCAACUGUGCAGUAUGUGGGGCACGUUUUACCAGCCAUGCUACUUUCAACAGCGAGAAGGUGCCAGAGGUGUUAUGUGCAGAUGCCCUGCCUGUUUCUCUCCCCGAGAGUUCUUCUGGCGCUGAAGAGAAGACUCCUGCUUGUAGUUCCCCUGUGUACCCUGCUGGCAUUCUCCUUGUGUGUAAUAGCUGUGUGGCCUACCGCAAGCUCCUGGAAGCGCAGUCUCCGGGCGUACGCAAGUGGGCCUUGCGACGGCAGAAUGAGCCCCUGGAGAUGAGGCUACAGCGAUUGGAACGAGAGCGCACAGCCAAGAAGAGUCGCCGAGACAAUGAAACAGCCGAGGAGCGAGAAGUGCGGCGCAUGCGGGACCGUGAGGCCAAGCGCCUACAGCGGAUGCAGGAGACAGAUGAGCAACGAGCACGCCGGUUGCAACGGGACCGUGAAGCUAUGCGUCUGAAACGUGCCAAUGAGACACCAGAGAAACGACAAGCUCGGCUCAUCCGUGAACGGGAAGCCAAGAGGCUGAAGCGGCGGCUGGAGAAAAUGGACAUGAUGUUGCGAGCCCAGUUUGGCCAGGAUCCUUCAGCAGUGGCAGCGCUUGCUGCGGAGAUCAACUUCUUUCCGCUGCCUGGGGGUGGUGUGGAGCUGGACGGACAGUUGCUCAGCAAAAUGGCCUUUGAGGAGCCGAGUCCCAGUGCCCUGCAUUGAGGUGCUGCACCCUUAGAACCAGCCAGCCCUUGGACAACAUUGCAAGCAGCCUGGGAGCGACUUGGGACCCGUGACAUGGGAGCAGAGGGGAAAAUAAAUCAAUUGCUCACACUUUGUGGGCUUGGCAGCAGCCUGAGUUAUCCAUGCUUCCUUGAGGGCGUUGGCAAAGACUAGCAUGGACAAAGGCAGGUACAGCUGUGGCCAGCAAUUCUUUCAGAGGCCUAGGCUAUUUUAAAGCAGGGAGAGGGGCCCAAAAUCUACCUCUGCAGCAAGGACCAUGUAAGCACAUGCAGCUGCUGCUCUUUUGAAGAGACCGUGGAGGGACAGCCUGGAACCAACAGCAAAACACGGGUACUGCUUGGCUAGAAGUCUUCGUCUCCCAGUCACUGGCUUUCCUCCUAGGGGGGGCCACAGAGUGAUGUUCCUCUUUUGGGUCCUGCCUUUCUUCUGCAAAAGGAAUUCCAUAUUGCCUUGUGUCUUUGCGUUGCCCUAAUUGCCUCGGGAUGAGUCCUCCUCCUCCUACUGAUUUCUGGUGGGUAACCGUGUCGGUCUGCUGUAAGAGCAAGAUUUGAGUCCAGUAGCACCUUAAAGACCAACAAGAUUUCCAGGGUAUAUAAGAUUUCCAGGAGUCAAGUUCAUAGAAUCAUAGAGUUGGAAGGGGCCACACAGACCAUCUAGUCCAACCCCCUGCCCAGUGCAGGAUCAGCCUAAAGCAUCUCUGACAAGUAUUCAUCCAGCCUCUUCUUGAAAACUGCCAGUGAAGGGGAGCUCACCACUUCCCUAGGCAGCUGAUUCUUAAAAGCUCCGUACCCUGCAGUACAACCUGCUUUGGAUUUUCCAAGACCAAAAUGGAAACAUUUGGCAAUAAGCAGGGCUCCGUUCUGAUGUUCCUGCAAUUUCACAAAGCUUAGAGGCACUGUACACACCAUGCUGUAUAAGCAUCAGGGGCAGUCAAGAAAUUUGGACCCAUGUGGGUGAAGAGCACCUCAUCUGGGCACUGGUAGAAAUAGUUCUGUUGGUUAGAACAUCAGAGUUAACUAAUCUGUUGCCAUGUGUGCAAGUUCCUGCUAGGACCGAAAAGCCAGCCCUGCUUCAUUUGGUCUGAAAGUGAACUUUCCACAAUCUUAAAAGGACGAAGCUGUGUGAAGGGCAACUCAGGUUUGCCUCUUGAUGCUUGUGUGAUCUCUCCCUCGGUUACUUUACUCACCAAGCAGUCAGUGGCAUUCCUGAAUCACGCUGAGGAUGUCUUUUCACUUUUCAUUUGCUGGUAGAGCCUUCACCUGCUCCAUCCUGCUGAAAAAUAUGUGGACUGGCUUUAUACAGCCCUUUUCUCUCUUCAUAGGCACAUAUAUAAGAAUGGGAUUAGCGUGGGGGGGGUGUCUCUCAUAUUGGCACAUCUGGAUCCCCCUACCCACUUUGCUCUGUGUCCUCCUGUCUACUGUGGUGGAGAGGUGGGCAGUGGCAGGACAAGCUGGAGCUGCCUCCAGCUUUCCAUCCUUGACAGCUCCAAGUAUAUGUCAUUGCAAGUUACAACCACAACCCAAACUAAUGCUGAAAUGGCAGGAUCGUCAACAUCUGGAGAGGACAGUAUUAACUGGGGGAGCAUAACCCAAUUUUUUUAAAAUGUUACAAACCCGGAGGGCACCCCUGUAUCAUAGCUCUAGCUAGCCCAAUGGUGCAGAUUUGCUUAGCCCCCUGCAGGGCAGUUCUGGCCUAUGAGAUAGAGGGAUAUAUUAUCAGAGAAGGUGUGAUUCAGCCACGAAGGGCACUGAGCAACACUGACCAGCCAUUCUCAGCCUAGCCCACCUCACAAGAGUUGCAGUGAGGCUAAAAUGAGAAGUGGAGAGGCACGUAGUCCUGGGACAAAAAAUGAGAGAUCAGAGAAGGGCCUCCUCCCUGUACUUGGUUGGGUGAAGACCACAUGAGGGAGGCAAUUUACUGGUGGUGUCACAUUUGAAGGCCAAACACCCCAAGCUGAUGGCCCACAGACAGGCCUCACGGUCUUCAGUGAAGGCCCCGUAGGACUCCGGGGGUUGCCUCACAGAGGCCAGAGGCACUUGCCAGUUUUUUCCCACCCAUGGCUCCCUCAUCAUGACACUGCCCCCCCCCUUCCUUAUCGCUAUGCUGGCUGCGCAGUCAGAGCCUGCUCCCAUCAGCUGCCGCAGCCAGCAUGUGCCGCAAGGGAGAAGCAAGAAGCAGACACGGCAAAGGAAAAGCUAUUGGUUUAUAAUUAUAUAGAUAUAUAUAUAUAUGUGUGUAUAUAUGUAUAUAUACUGUGUUUACAUAGUCAACCAGUUAAAUGCAGUAUUCAUUAAGAGCAUUAACAAUAAAAAUACAAUCUGUGUUGAAAGA